CCUUCUCAGGUUUUUGUCUCAGGCGGUGAGGUUUUCCAAGUCCACAAUCCCGUUGAGGAGGCCGGAGAGUGGUGCUCCCCGCCUCACAGCCAAUGGUCGGAGCCUCCAGUGGUGCUCACAGCUCCCACGUGGGAUUGAAGCUCGGAGUCCCCGCCCGGACCCACGCCAGGGCGGGGACAGGGACCGCCAUUCCUGCGGCGGCUUCUACUCCCGCCCGGCUCAGCCCACAGAGGGCAAUGGCGGCGCCCCCGCUGAGGAGACGGGCCGAGGUUGGCGUGACCUUUGAGGACAUUGCCCUGUACUUCUCCAGGAAGGAAUGGAACCUUCUUGAUGAGAGUCAGAGACAGCUGUACCUGAAUGUGAUGCUGGAGAACUUUGAACUUAUAUCCUCGCUGGGUUGCUGCUGUGGAGUAGAGAAUGUGGAGGCACCAACAAAACAGAAGGUUUGUGUUAAAGUGUCCCAGGCAAGGAAGCCCAAGGUAGCCUUUUCUUCCAGGAAGAGCCACCCCUGUGAGAGUUGUGGACUAGUCUUGGGAAACAUUUUCCUCAUGACGGAGCUGCAGGGAACACAACAUAGACAGAUACUGUUGAGGUGUGGGGCAUGUGCAAAAUGGUUUUACUUCACUGUAAAAUUUCACCAGCAGCAUGUGAGAGAGAAGACUUUCUUUAGAGGGGUGGGCAGGAUCUCACUUGCAAACAGCUGCAAUGUCAAUGUGUCCCAGAAUCAUUUCACCUGUGAGGAGGUUGGGCAGGGUGUCCUUACCGGGUCAGGACAUCUCCACCUAAAGGCUCCUCAGACCAGGGACAGUCCAAAUGCUAUUUCAACACCUGGGGUGAUGUUUCAAAGGAGAGAAAAUUGUUACACCAGAAAAGAAUGUAAGAAAGUCAAUAGUUGCACCCACAUGUUUAUUCAGGAAAAGGGUGUCGAUGUUGGAAGUCGAUGUUUUGUGUGCUCUGAAUGUGGGAAAUCUUUUACAACUAACUCUCACCUUCAUUAUCAUCAGAGAGUUCACACAGGAGAAAAGCCUUAUAAAGGCAGUAAAUGUGGAAAGUCUUUUACAAGGAGCACUUGCCACCAAUAUCAUCAAAGAGUUCAUACAGGUAAAAAGCCUGAUCAAUGCAGUGAAUGUGGGAAGAGUUUUACCACUAGAAGCCAGCUUCGUAGUCAUCAGAGAGUUCACACUGGAGAAAAGUCUUAUCAAUGCAGUGACUGUGGGAAUACUUUUACCACUAGAAGCCAGCUUCGUAAUCAUCAGAGAGUUCACACUGGAGAAAAGCCUUAUCAAUGCAGUGAAUGUGGAAACUUUUUUACCCGGAGCAGUUCCCUUCGUUGUCAUCAGAGAAUUCAUACAGGAGAAAAGCCUUAUAAAUGCAGCGAAUGUGGGAAAUCUUUUAUCAACUGCAAUGUGCUUCGUUGUCAUCAGAGACUUCAUACAGGAGAAACACCUUAUCCAUGCAUUUACUGUGGGAAAACUUUUACACAAGCUGGUAGUCUCCAAUAUCAUCAGAGAGUUCACACUGGAGAAAAGCCUUAUAAAUGUAGUGAAUGUGGCAAGUCUUAUAUAAAUAGCAAUGGUCUCCAAUGUCAUCAGAGAGUGCACACUGGAGAGAGGCCUUAUAAAUGCAGUGAAUGUGGGAAAUCUUUUACCCAGAGCAGUGCCCUUCGUUGUCAUCAGAGAGUUCACACUGGAGAAAAGCCUUAUAAAUGCAGUGAAUGUGGAAAUUGUUUUACCCGGAGCAGUUCCCUGCGUUGUCAUCAGAGAAUUCAUACAGGAGAAAAGCCUUAUCAAUGCAGUGACUGUGGGAAAUCUUUUACCUGGAAAAUUGAUCUUCGUCGUCAUCAGAUAGUUCAUACAGGAGAGAAUCCUCAUAAAUGCAGUGAAUGUGGAAAGUCUUUUACAAAUAGCACCCGUCUCAAAUAUCAUCAGAGAGUUCACACUGGAGAAAAGCCUUAUAAAUGCAGUGAAUGUGGGAAAUCUUUUACAAGUUGCAAUGGUCUUCAAAAUCAUCAGAGAGGUCACACUGGAGAAAGCUGUUGA